AUGGACAUGAACGCCAGCAGUCCGACACCACACCGGUCGCCGACGCCGGAACUGCACGCGACCUAUACCAGCUUUGAGAUCUUAGUGGCUCUCGUGGCGGUGGUGGGAAACGCUAUGGUGAUACAUGUGUUUAGGAGAGACAGACGGCUACGACGCCGCACGAACUACUAUAUAGUGUCGUUGGCGAUCGCUGACUUCUUGGUGGGUUUGUUGGGGAUCCCUUUUGCGAUUUUGGCCUCCGUUGGCCUUCCUAGGAACUUGUACGCUUGCCUCUUCACUGUGUCAUUGCUGGUUAUGCUCUGCACGAUCAGCAUCUUUUGCUUGGUCGCGGUGUCCGUGGAUCGUUAUUGGGCGAUUCUCCAUCCUAUUGGAUACUCUAGGAAUGUUAGGACCAGGACAGCUAUAUGUAAGUAA